UGCGUCACUGUGCUUCUUUCUCCGCCACACAUCCACAGAUAUGGCUCUGUGAGAAGGCACAUGGUGGCGGCUAACCAUGAACCAAAAAAUAAAUCACCAAAAACAGUUCAUGCAUCAGUAGCAACCCGAUUUCAUUUAUUUUGGAUUCAACCAUUGCAACAACUGCACUAGACAUACAAUUGGUUUGCACUGUUACGGGGAGAGAAGCUAGCAAGCAACUUGGAACCCCCCACCUUUYCUCCAGUUUUACUGAGCUAUUUUACUCGGUUUUUAAACAGUUUUUGGUUGCAAUCGCUCCUUUUUUAAAGACAGUCAUCAUGGGUGUUCAAGGUUUCCAAGAAUACAUAGAAAAGCACUGCCCUACUGCCGUGGUACCGGUGGAGCUCCAGAAGCUAGCCCGGGGCAGUCUGGUCGGAGGAGGCAGGCAGAGACCACCUCAGAGCCCGCUACGGCUGCUGGUUGACGCGGAGAACUGCCUCCACCGGCUCUACGGGGGUUUCUACACCGACUGGGUAAGCGGCGGGCAGUGGAACCACAUGCUUGGGUACCUGGCUGCCCUCGCCAAGGCCUGCUUCAACGGCAACAUUGAGCUACUGGUGUGCUUCAAUGGCGCCAUGGAGAAAGGCCGUCUUCACGAGUGGGUCAAACGACAGGUGAACGAGAGACAGACAGCGCAGCAGAUUGUCAGCCAUAUCCAGAAUAAGGGGACCCCUCCACCGAAGGUCUGGUUUCUUCCCCCAGUGUGCAUGGUCCAUUGCAUCCGGCUGGCCCUAAUCAGGUUCCACAUUGGGGUUGUCCAGAGUAUCGAGGAUCAUCACUUGGAGGUGAUAUCUCUGUGCAGGGAGAACGGGUUCCACGGCCUGGUGGCGUACGACUCGGACUACGCGCUGUGUAACAUCCCCUACUACUUCUCUGCCCACGCCCUGAAGCUGAGUCGCAACGGGAAGAGCCUGACCACCUCCCAGUACCUGAUGCAUGAAGUGGCCAAACAACUGGACCUCAACCCCAACCGCUUCGUUAUCUUCGCUUCACUUUUAG